CCCAAAGCAAGAUGGCGGUGCAAGAGACAGCAGCUCAACUCUCUAUGGCCCUAAAGGUGCAAGAAUACCCAACUUUAAAGGUUCCUUAUGAAACCUUGAACAAGCGCUUCCGAGCAGCCCAAAAGAACAUUGACCGAGAGACCAGUCACGUGACCAUGGUGGUGGCAGAGCUGGAGAAAACACUCAGUAGCUUUCCAGUGGUGGAUACUGUAGUCUCUCUUUUGGACGGCGUGGUUGAAAAGCUCAGCGCCCUCAAGAGAAAGGCAGCUGAGUCCAUCCAAGCAGAAGAUGAAAGCGCCAAGUUAUGCAAGCGACGCAUAGAGCACCUGAAGGAGCACAGCAGUGAUCAGCCAGCCAGCGUUAAUGUUUGGAAAAAGAAGCGCAUGGACCGCAUGAUGGUGGAGCACUUACUACGCUGCGGCUAUUACAACACUGCUGUCAAGCUAGCCAGGCAAAGCGGAAUUGAGGAUCUGGUCAACAUAGAAAUGUUUCUUACUGCAAAAGAAGUCGAAGAAUCUCUCGAACGUCAGGAAACUGCUACCUGUCUGGCAUGGUGCCAUGAUAACAAGUCUCGCUUGCGGAAAAUGAAAAGCUGUUUGGAGUUCAGUUUAAGGAUCCAAGAAUUUAUUGAACUCAUUCGACAAAACAAACGGAUGGAUGCAGUAAGACAUGCACGCAAACACUUCAGCCAAGCAGAAGGAGGGCAGUUGGAUGAGGUACGGCAGGUGAUGGGCAUGCUGGCGUUUCCCUCAGACACGCAUAUCUCACCAUAUAAGGAUCUCUUGGAUCCAGCUCGAUGGAAAAUGUUGAUUCAGCAGUUCAGAUAUGACAACUACAGAUUACACCAGCUGGGGAACAACUCCGUGUUUACCAUUACCCUGCAGGCAGGGCUGUCUGCCAUCAAAACCCCGCAGUGUUAUAAAGAAGAUGGCACUUCCAAAAACCCAGACUGUCCCGUCUGCAGUAAGUCGCUAAACAAAUUGGCGCAACCUCUUCCCAUGGCUCACUGUGCAAACUCGAGGCUGGUGUGCAAAAUCUCUGGCGAGGUCAUGAAUGAGAACAAUCCUCCCAUGAUGCUGCCUAAUGGCUAUGUGUAUGGAUACAAUUCACUCCUGUCCAUUCGUCAAGAUGAUAAGGUGAUAUGCCCCAGGACCAAAGAGGUUUUCACCUUUUCCCAGGCUGAAAAGGUUUAUAUUAUGUGAUGGAAGCGCCACAUUGGUUCUGGAACGUUAACUUGCGUCGACAUCGUAGGCUGGGCACCAAUUGUCGAAGGAUGUCAGUCUUUCAGCCCUUGUUCCAUUCAAGCGAAAAUCAUUGACGAGAUGCCCCUGCCCUCAACAGGUCUACAAGACCUUCAUUGAACUGAUGGUUCAGAAUCACACUGGAUCGUCCUGCUCUAAAUGGACAGUUGUGACAAGGGAGUGUUUUUUUUAAAAGGUUGAUAGUUUGGCAUUUAUUUAACUGGUUUCUUUUCAGUAGUGUAAAACAAACCAACAUGACUCCAUAUCAGUUUAUCUCAAAGGAGCUUCUGCCUUGUAGUGUGUUAACAAAAUGAAUUAUUCAUUGUUGGUUUUUUGAACAAGGGCACCCAUUUAGGUCAUUAUUUUUAGAUAGGGAGUAGGUAGUUAGUUAUAGAGAACACUCUCUGAUGCCUUGCUUUUGCACCUGUGAAAUCUGUGACAACAUGCAUUUGUUAAUGUGAUGUUUUUGGGGGUUUUUUUGCUGACGUCCUCAGUUCAUGAGGAAACGUUUAAAAAAAAUGUUGUAGCAUUUAUAGCAAUAUUGGUUUUUAUCAGAAAAUGGUGGAUAUACAGACUAGAAAGACCGUGUUCUCUGGUGUUAAGUUGAGGGUAAACAUCACAUUAGUUUACAGUUUCUUAUAUCAUCAUCAUCAUCCACAUUAUUUAAAUAAGACAAUAUAUGUGUGACCAAAGUCCUUGGAGGACGUGUGCAAAAAAAAAGAAUUGAUAGAUGUGCGUACAUUUGGAGAAAUCUUUUUUUCUCUCUCUCCUUCUUUCUAUGGUAUGCUGUGUUAUACAAAACAAUGUCAUGUUGUCAUGCUGCAUUUAGUGCUCUUUUGUGACUAAAGGUUUGGUUGUAAACAUUAAGCAGUGUUUGGUAGAUUCAAAUCUUGCAUAGUUUACUUAGAUGGAAUUUCCUUUUUUUUUUUUUUCCUCUCUCAUCAAAGUGUGUCAUCUUUGAAACCCUUAAAUUGUAAUGUAAUGCGUUUGGGUUCUUUUGUUUACAAAAUGACUAGUUUUAAAUUUGUAGCAAGUUGCCAAUGGUCAUUUUGAGCACAAUUUCAAGGCCGGAUAUUGUUAAAAGUAUUUUUUCAUGAUGUUCCCCAUGGACACAAUCUCAGAGUCUCAGGUUUCACAGGAUCAACAGCAGAGAGAACUAAGGAGGGAGGCCUAUGAAAGGCACUUCGGUCUUUUAGUUUCACCUUAAUGUAAACCAACAAUCACCUGUUGGAAGUGAUUCUCCAAGUAUGUGUUUAACUGUAAUUGUGGAAAGACUUGCUUAGAUACAGCGCAUGCAUGUGUAUUUUAGUAGGAUAGAUGGGUUGUUCGUGUCAAAUUGCCAAUAAAGAUUGAUUUGAUUAUA